UUACAGACUUUGUAUUUUCGUUGACUGUUGAUCAAGCAUCACACUCAAGAAAUCUAGUUUCUUUCUGCAAGUAUAUUUAGUGGGGUAUUUUAGGUUCUGCAGAUUUUUUACAGUUAAUUUACAUUCUUUUUAUGAUGAACAAUCAACACCAUGUUUCACAUUAUGUGCCUACCAUAAAUUACUUGAAUCAUACACCUCGACGCAUUCUACAUUCUAAAAGAAACCAUGACUUGUGUCCCACUCCAAAAAGCCGCAGAAUAAACAUGCUGGCAGAAGAUGAAAGAUAUUGUUCAAAAACAGUAUUCCCAGGGAAAGGCAUAAAAAGGCAUUUAGAAGUUCCUUCCAUUCCAUCAACUAGCUAUGGGAACAAUGAAAGCUUGGAUUUAUGUCCUAAGCGUAAAUUCUCAUUACCAAAAAAUAUUUCAAAUCAUUUACAUUAUCCAGAACUUGAAAAUGGAAAAAGGUGGGAUAAGCUAUCCAAACAAGUGUGGGACCAUUUUGUUAAUAACAAACAGUCUGAGGAAAAAUACAGAAUUAAAAUGGAUCUUAAAGAUAAUUUUAUGAAUUUACUACAACACAAGUUGCCAAAUUUAGAUUUUGAAUCAUUUGUUGUUGGAUCAUCUGUGAGUGGACUGGGCAGUAACAAAAGUGACAUGGAUGUGUGUUUAGUGCUUCCAGAUGAGGAGGUUGAACAGACUGAUACCUUGUGUAUACUGAUGCAAAUUUUAAGAAAAAUUAGAGAUCACCAUUUUAUUAAAAAACCUCAAGUCAUAAAAGCAAAAGUGCCUAUACUGAAAUUCACCGACAGAAUAAGUGGAGUUGAAGUUGACCUGAACAUCAAUAAUACUAUAGGAGUUCGUAAUACUCAGCUUUUGAACUGCUAUUCUAGAAUGGACUGGAGAGUUAAACCGCUGGUUCUUAUAAUCAAAAGGUGGGCCAAAGAUAAUGAUAUCAAUGAUGCUAAGAAUAGGACACUUUCCAGUUAUUCACUUGUUUUAAUGCUGAUCCAUUACUUACAAUAUGGUUGUGGUACUCCAGUUCUGCCCUGUCUUCAAAGUAUAGUGAAGGACAAGUUUCUUCUCUAUACAAGUGUGAGAUCCUUGAAAAUGCAGGAAGAAAUCCCUAAGUGGAAUUCAAGAAAUAAUCAGUCUUUGGCAGAAUUGUUUGUGGGCUUUCUAGAUUAUUACAGUUACAAGUUUGACUUCAGUAAGAAGGCCAUCUCUGUUCGUCUUGGUUGCACUUUACCCAAGCGAGUGGUUAUGAAUAAUAUAUCUCCGAAAAACAAUGCAGGACAGUGGAAAUUCAUAUGUAUAGAAGAGCCUUUUGACCAAACUAACACAGCUAGAUCAGUUUAUAUCCAGCAAGCAUUCAAUAAGAUUUUGAACGUGUUCAGAACUGGUCUUCAAAUGAUUUUGAAAAGGAAAGAUAUCUCUUCACUUAUAGAUCUUUGAAGUAUGAAGCCACACAGUAUUCUUUUUAAUGGUUUUUUUUGUGAUAUCUGUUAUUUGUAUGAAACUUUGUGCCUUAUGAUUUUUAUUUUCUGUAACAAACAUUAUAUUUAAAAAGAUCUUUAUUACGUAAAGUUAGUAAGGACUCGACAUAAGAUGUUUUUAGUACUGUGGUGUCAUGAAAUAUAAGUUUUAAAGUGUGGACUAGUAGAAAUGUUUUUGCAUUAAAAAAUAACUAAAAGAAGUAUUAUUCCUUAAAUGUAAUUGUUCUUUUUACAUGGGCUUUUCAGGUAAACCUAUUACUAUGUUCAUUUAAUAUAACUGAAAUUUGAGAAGCAGAUUGAAACGAAGAGCAUGAAUGAUCCUUCUAGCCAUAGAUUUAUUAAUUCAAAUUGAAAAAAAAGCUGGGCCGAGGGUUCGAAUCCCCGUGCUUUCAAACAUGCUCAUCC